UAUUGACCUCACAGCAGAUGCAACUGCUAGUGAUGCCGCCAUCGAGAGCGCAGACUCGAGGCAACAAGAAGACGACAGCACGUUCUCGCUGAUAACAUGGAACGUUGAUGGGCUGGAUUUAAGAAAUCUAAAAGAGCGAGCUAGAGGGAUCUGUUCUUACCUGGCAUUAUACAGUCCAGAUGUCGUGUUUUUACAAGAGGUCAUCCCACCAUAUCUCUGUCUUCUGCAGAUGAGAGCAGGCAAUUACACUGUUAUUCCAAGUAAUGUAGAUGGCUAUUUCACUGUCAUAAUGUUGAAGAAAUCAAGAGUGAAGCUACAGAAACAUGAAAUAAUACCUUUUCCAACAACUUCCAUGAUGAGGAACCUUUUGGUUGUGCAUGUGAGCGUAUCUGGUAAUGAACUUUGCCUUAUGACCUCUCAUCUGGAGAGCACUAAAAAUCACUCUACGGAGCGUAUAAAACAACUGCAAAUAGUGUUAAACAAAAUGCAGGAGGAGUCCAAGUCUGCCACUGUUAUAUUUGGAGGGGAUACAAACCUCAGAGACAGUGAGGUUACUAAACUAGGUAAGUUACCUGACAACAUCACGGAUAUUUGGGAGUUUCUGGGUAAGCCUCAACACUGCCGCUAUACCUGGGACACCCACUCCAAUACCAACCUGGAUGCGGGGUACAAGUGCAAGAUGAGGUUCGAUCGCAUUUACUUUCGGCCUGCAGCAGAUGGGGGACAUAUUAUUCCACGAAGUAUGGACUUAAUUGGAUUGGAAAAACUAGAGUGUGGCAGAUUCCCUAGUGAUCACUGGGGUCUAUUCUGUAACUUUGAUGUAAUAUUAUAG